CACUUAUAUUAGGGUUUUGAGCAGUCAGGACCCUCAGCACGCGCAUCUCGCUCUAUUAUAUCUCUUGUGGCGCUCGUCUACGGGAGCCGCCUCCGGACUUUCUUUUCUCGAGUCUCUCGUAAUUUUUGGAGCAUAAUCUCCAGUAAAUUUGAUCGACCUGUGAAAUAAUUAGAAACUAAUCAAGAUGGUUAAGUUCACUGCAGAUGAGCUCCGUAAGAUUAUGGACUACAAGCAUAACAUUCGUAAUAUGUCUGUUAUCGCCCAUGUCGAUCAUGGGAAGUCCACUCUUACCGAUUCGCUUGUUGCGGCUGCUGGUAUUAUUGCCCAGGAAGUUGCUGGAGAUGUAAGAAUGACAGAUACAAGAGCUGAUGAAGCCGAACGUGGUAUCACUAUUAAGUCUACUGGUAUCUCCCUGUAUUAUGAAAUGACUGAUGAGGCUUUGAAGAACUACAAGGGAGAGAGACAGGGCAAUGAGUACCUUAUCAAUCUUAUUGACUCCCCUGGGCACGUGGAUUUCUCUUCUGAAGUGACUGCAGCUCUUCGUAUCACUGAUGGUGCCCUUGUUGUGGUGGAUUGUGUUGAAGGUGUGUGUGUCCAGACAGAGACUGUCCUCCGACAGGCCCUUGGAGAAAGGAUUCGCCCUGUCUUGACUGUUAACAAGAUGGACAGGUGUUUCCUUGAGCUCCAAGUGGAUGGUGAGGAAGCCUACCAGACGUUCCAGAGAGUCAUUGAAAAUGCAAAUGUCAUCAUGGCAACUUAUGAAGAUCCCCUUCUGGGAGAUGUCCAGGUUUACCCAGAGAAAGGUACUGUUGCCUUUUCUGCUGGUUUGCAUGGGUGGGCUUUUACGUUGACAAACUUCGCGAAGAUGUAUGCAUCCAAGUUUGGUGUUGAUGAGUCUAAGAUGAUGGAGAGGCUCUGGGGAGAGAAUUUCUUUGAUCCGGCAACUAAGAAAUGGACAAGCAAGAAUACUGGCUCCCCUACGUGCAAACGUGGUUUUGUUCAGUUCUGUUAUGAACCCAUCAAGCAGAUCAUCAAUACUUGCAUGAAUGAUCAGAAAGACAAGUUGUGGCCAAUGUUACAGAAGCUUGGCGUCACAAUGAAGUCUGAGGAGAAGGAUUUGAUGGGGAAAGCAUUGAUGAAGCGUGUCAUGCAAACCUGGCUUCCUGCUAGUAAUGCUCUCUUGGAAAUGAUGAUAUUCCAUCUUCCUUCCCCCUCAACUGCUCAAAAGUAUCGUGUAGAGAAUCUAUAUGAGGGACCACUUGAUGAUGCUUAUGCUAAUGCCAUCAGGAACUGUGAUCCCGAGGGACCUCUCAUGCUGUAUGUAUCUAAGAUGAUUCCAGCAUCUGACAAGGGUCGGUUCUUUGCUUUUGGUCGUGUAUUCUCAGGGAAGGUCUCUACUGGUUUGAAGGUUAGAAUCAUGGGUCCGAACUACGUCCCUGGAGAGAAAAAGGACUUGUAUGUCAAGAGUGUGCAGAGGACUGUUAUUUGGAUGGGUAAGAAGCAGGAAACUGUUGAAGAUGUGCCAUGUGGGAACACAGUUGCCAUGGUUGGGCUCGAUCAAUUCAUCACCAAAAAUGCAACCCUGACCAAUGAGAAGGAAGUGGAUGCUCAUCCAAUUAGAGCAAUGAAGUUUUCAGUUUCACCUGUCGUGCGUGUUGCUGUGCAAUGCAAGGUUGCAUCCGAUUUACCAAAACUUGUUGAAGGUUUGAAGCGUUUGGCCAAGUCUGAUCCUAUGGUUGUCUGUACUAUUGAGGAAUCUGGGGAGCACAUUGUUGCUGGUGCUGGAGAAUUGCACCUCGAGAUCUGCUUGAAGGACUUGCAGGAAGACUUUAUGGGUGGUGCAGAAAUUAUAAAAUCUGAUCCAGUGGUUUCCUUCCGUGAGACGGUUCUUGAAAGGUCUUCCCAUACAGUUAUGAGCAAAUCGCCUAACAAGCACAAUCGUCUGUACAUGGAAGCCAGACCCUUGGAAGAGGGCCUUGCUGAGGCCAUUGAUGACGGACGCAUUGGCCCAAGGGAUGAUCCCAAGGUUCGUUCAAAGAUCUUGUCAGAAGAGUUUGGUUGGGACAAGGAGCUUGCAAAGAAAAUUUGGUGCUUUGGACCCGAAACCACCGGUCCAAACAUGGUGGUUGAUAUGUGCAAGGGAGUGCAGUACUUGAACGAAAUCAAGGAUUCUGUUGUUGCUGGUUUCCAAUGGGCGUCAAAGGAAGGGCCUUUGGCUGAAGAAAACAUGAGAGGCGUUUGCUUUGAGGUCUGUGAUGUUGUUCUUCAUGCUGAUGCUAUUCACAGAGGAGGUGGUCAAAUUAUUCCUACUGCUAGAAGAGUUGUUUACGCCUCACAGCUCACUGCAAAACCUCGUCUUUUGGAACCUGUAUACCUUGUGGAGAUCCAAGCACCUGAGCAAGCUCUUGGUGGAAUUUACAGUGUGCUGAACCAGAAGCGUGGGCAUGUGUUUGAGGAAAUGCAGAGGCCGGGUACACCUCUUUACAACAUCAAGGCGUACCUUCCUGUUAUCGAAUCAUUUGGUUUCUCAAGCACCUUGAGAGCUGCUACCUCUGGUCAGGCAUUCCCCCAGUGUGUGUUCGAUCACUGGGAUAUGAUGUCGUCCGAUCCACUGGAAGCAGGAUCUCAGGCCUCCACUCUCGUAGCUGAAAUUCGGAAGAGGAAGGGUUUGAAGGAGCAGAUCACACCACUCUCUGAAUACGAGGAUAAACUGUGAGCAUGAAGUUUUAAUUUAAUUGGACCCAUUAAAAUGCCAGAUCUGGCUGAGUAUUUUCUUUUUGCUCAAUUUUGAUUUCGUGGUUGGCAUUUUUCUGUUUUUCGUGUAUUAUGGUCAGGAGUUGCCUUCGGAUUCUGUUGAGUAUUAUUACUAGGAUGAGGAUGUUCUGUUUUUAUCUUUUCCCUUUUGCUUGGUUCUUGUACUGACCUUGACAUUUGACAACUGGUAUUCAUUUGGUCUGUUUAGUAUUAUGCUCAUUAUAUUA